GCGACCCGGCCGCACCCGCGCCACCCGCGUAAAAGCGCUCCGCAUUGCAAAAACUACUGCAAUAUCAAAUUAACUUCAAAACUCCAUACAAAAAAUGCGCCUGACAUAAAAUUUAUAGCAAGUGCACUGUAACGCGUUUCUGAAGUGUUCAUUGUAAGGCGUUGGGGAUUCUAACACAUGUGGCUGAAGGGAAUAAGGUUCGAUACUGCAUGGCAUAAGCCUGGGUAGUCCAGUGUACCAAAGGUCUUUGUGCGCCGGAAUGACACGAAGUGUGAGCGCAUCACUUCAGCAGACGUGGUUCAUUGGCAUGUGACGCGGGGCAGUGAGCGGCAUGCGAGGCGAGCGCGCCGCGCGGGCCGCGGCUGUCGCCGUGCUCGCAGCUCUGUUCGUGGGACCACCGCAGUUGGCGGCUGAGGACGCUGGCACUGUUGCUCCAUUUGAUCCAUCGACCCGUGGCAACAAGAAGUAUGGUGACCAUUGUUCCACCAUCCAGGACUGCAGCUUCGAACACUCGAUAUGCGACAAGGUGCAGAAGUACUGUCGGUGUGAGGAAGACUUUGUGACCAACCACGUCGACAAAUGUGGGAGACCGGCGAGCGUGAACGAAUCAUGCACCUUCAACCAGCAAUGCGAGACGGUGGUGGACCAGACGGAAUGCAAGAACGACCGCUGCGCAUGCAUGUUCGAGAUGGUGGCGGAAAUCACCGUCGAAGGAACUAUCAUCUGCAAACCGGAAAAGCAGAAGGAAGAAUCGCUAAAGACUCUCGACCCGGCUAUGAUUGGAAUCCUGGUGGCAAUGGCUCUCAUGUUCGUCAUCAUUUGCGUCGUGCUGCGUUUGUUCGCUUCAGCACGAUGGAGGGAGAACAGAACCAUCUUCAACACACCGAAUCCUCGCCUGAUGAACGUUUCCUUGCUAAGGGACUCCAAAUUGUUGCAUUCGCAGGAUCGUCGUGGUUCCCGAGUUAGCAUGCGUCCACCAUCACGACAUGCUAGCCAACAAGAACUUAGACCUCAUUCUCCAAAUGCAGUUAAUGUCUUACACAAGUCAAUGUUCACAACCGAAUUUAACAUCCAUUUCAUCCUACAGCACGUCAUCACCAAAGUCAUCAGCUACACCGAAAACCCUCAGGGUCACGUCGAGGGUCAAGAGCUAGUAGUGGACACUCUGCUACGUCACUAAGGUCCGCUACUCUACGUUCGCCCACCGCACCCGGGCCCACAUCAGUCACUGUAGAAAUACGCCCACCAGAUGCGUAAAAACAUUGACGAACCAAAAUCUUUAAAGAAAGACAAAGAUGAUAAGGGAGACAAAUGUGUAGAAUCUAAAACGGAAAGAUUAUUUAACGUAAUGCUAAAGCGAGAUUCUUUCAAAGUAUUUUUAAAUGAUGCAAGGUCUGUAACACAUGCCGAACAAAAGUUAAAUUGUAUUGUAAAAAUACUCAGUCCAAAUGUUUACAAUAUUUGUGAUAAAAUUUACCAAUCGUUUAACAUUAUAAUUAAGUUAAAUUAAGCUUUCAUCAUGAAAAGUAAGACUAUUUAUAUUAUUAUAGCAAUAAUAUAGCGCACUGUGUAUCUGUCAUGACCAUAAAAUGCCACGUGAGAAGUGCCUCUAAGUCAAAAUGCAUAAAAUUUAAAGUGUUUGUCUCUCAUGAAACAUUUAUCGAAAUAAGCUAUAUGAAUAUAAAAUAUUUAAAUACACUACAAAUACUAGAAUAAUGAAAUAAAGUUAAAUCAGUUCACUUUAAACAAUUUAUAUCUACUUAAAUUCACAGUCAAGAACUUACACACUUUGAAAAAUUUAAGUGUAGAGCACUAUUCAACGAUAUUAAUUCAUAGAUUGUAAGUAUAGAGUAUAGGAAAAUAUUUAGCUUUUUUAGCGUUAGAUUGAUGGCUUUUUGGCAUUUUUUGUAGUUCUAUAGGUUUUAAAAAGUCGAUUAUUAUAGGUAAAUAAUUAAGACUACUAGAAAUUGUUUUAGAUUUUAUCUUCUUUUUGAAUUUUCUUGUGAGGAUAUGCUAGUUUUCCUGACUUCUGCCUUAGGUCUCUAUAACUUUAGCUUACGAGACGUGGUAAGCGACAUAGAUCUAGAAAAAUUAUUUACGGGGACCAUCUCCUGGGAGAGGAGUGAUCUAAAUAAACAAAUAGGGUUGAUAUAUUUAGUGAGGAGGAAGCUUCGAUGCCGCUUUCUAACUAUUAUCUAAGACUAUCGAACCUAAUAGCUUUAAUUUAGUGUGUGGAUGUCCGCUUUUCUUUAAACAAUUUCUAUGAGAGAGAGUUGUGAAUCGAAGUUAAGGAUUUUUUCGUCAUAGAUUUUUCGUGUAGCCCUUUUAGGUAUUCCUAUAUACAAUGUGUAAAGUGGGGAAAUUUACACAUUUUUAAAAUAAGUAUACUCCGCACUUUCGAAGCUUCGACCAAGUUUAAAAUGCAACGCACAAACAGUCGAUCCGAUAGAGUUCUACUUAUUGUAAAUUAUCACGAAAGCGUGUUUAAAAGUACAAUUAUAUAAAAUCAUUAUCAUUACAAUAAUGUGGCAUAUACUUCAAUAAAGGGGAAGAAUUGAAGUAUAGUCCAUAAAACUUCAUUCUUCAUCGUUUGGAUAAUGCAAAUAACUAUAAGCUAUUGUAUCUUAAACAAAUAAUAAUGCUCACAUCAUAAAACUAUAUUUCGACACUGUGCUAGUAUAACUACUGAAAACUAUGCUAUGAUUUAAUUAUAUGAACUUUUAUUAUAACUUAUACUUCCG